AUGAACGAUGAUCCCCAAAAGUCUGAUUCACAGGCUGAGAACGAAGUAGCCCAUGUGCCUGCAAGAGAAGUGUCAGAGACAGCGAAGAUAGCGGAGCGUGAGCAGUGGCGCGCUGCUUUGCGUGACGCAAACUGCAAGGUCUGGGUUGAAGGGCCCAGUUCCUCUGACGCAAACUUGGACACGUCCCUUAAGCGAAAUUCAGCAUUUAUCAAACGACUGAAGCAGCCAAAUCUGGGCGAUGCAAAAGAUGCACUGUUGCGAGAGGUAUACACGUUAAGCCUCGCAAAGUACUUGGACGAGCUUGUGCCAAGUGUGCCAGAAGUUCUAUGGAAAAACAGUCAGCCUAAAGAUCGCUACGCAGUAGUAGAAAUCCUAUCCGCUCUUCAUGCUCGAUUUGGCGGGGCAGAGUUCAGCUGCGCCAUGCUAAAAGCGAUAUCGCAGGAGCUUGUGCCCCUGCCGCCAAGAAAUAAUGCCGAACCUCCCAAUGAACAGGCGCAAAAGGAAGAAGCCCUGAAGGUGACGCGCCAGCGGAAUCUUUUGCGUGGUGCCACCGAGCUGGUGCUCGUUGGACUGGGAGGUCCCGUAACAGGGAAUGGAUGUGUGUGUGCAGCCGGCUGGGACUGGUUGUACGAACAGCUUCGAACUUUACUUGGGCAAGAUCGCGAUCUCGCCUAUCUGCCUCUAGUCCAAGGUAUGAUGCGCACAUUUGGAAGCUUGCUGCUGAUCCCGAUGGAAGAACAUGAAGCUGGACAGUCAGAGGCGCAUCUUGGUGGUACAGCGGCAGCGGUUUCAUUCGACCCGGUCGUACCUGAAACUCAAAGCCAGAAGUUCCGUAAGCUCUUCGAAAUGUAUUACAUUGCACUUGUGAAACGAGUAAAGCGCGAAUAUGAGCGUUUGAAUGAACAAGAGCGAAGAAACAAUGAUGCAUAUAUUCGGUCGGGCAUGAUCUUUGAGGAUCGACAGGCAGCCUUCGAACGCCGAUCGAAAGAACUACAGACGAUGAUUGAUGCGAUGCAAGUGAUGGCUUCGUCCUUGAAUGUGUUUGUUCCGGACCUCCCUGCAUCUGACAAAGGGACCGUGUCACAGCGCUUGGGCAUUAACUUGGAGGCGACAUCAGCGCUGGCGGAGAUGACGGCCAAGAUCGAGCAAGAGUAUGCAUCUGGAAAAAGUCCUUGGGAAGAUGAAGAAACGCGGAAGUUCUAUAAGGACAUAUUCGAUCUCCGUGAGCGCAUACCGACGGCUUUGCUGGAUCAGGCGCCUCAGGCGGAUGAAAAGGAGAAGGAGAAAGAAGCGUUGAACGAAGAGGCUGAGAUGCAAACGACCAUGGACAAUCGGUCACAGUCGCUUCAAAAUAUUCUGGAGCGUCUGCCAACACUGGCAAACAGAACGAUGGUAGAUGAUAUGGCAGUCGAACUUGGCUUCCACCUCAAAAGUGUGACGAACAAGCGGCUUGUGAGCCAUUUCAUGAGUGCGCCUAAACACCGAUGGGAUUUGUUGCCAUACUAUGCAAGAAUGAUUGCUAUACUGCACCCGUAUCGUGCUGGACUUGCAGACAUGGUUGUUGAGCAAGUGAACCAGAAAUUCCGGCAGCAAUACUCUUAUCGGAAGCCGGAUCGCCAGAUGCAAAGUAACGUCGUGAUUUGCAUGGGUGAAUUGACAAAGUUUGGUCUGGUACCAGAUCACAUUGUGUUUCACACGAUGAAGGUCCUGCUGGACGACUUCUCCCCAGUUGCGAUUGAAAUGCUGGCGCUCCUAAUCGAGACGUGCGGACGAUACCUGUAUCGUAUGCCGCUGACGAUGACGCGCAUGCAGAGCAUGCUGGACCUGAUGCGCCGAAAGCGUAUGGCACACAACCUGUCUGAGCAACAUUCAUUGCUCCUUGACAAUGCCUACUACAAGUGUGUUCCACCAGAGCGUCCGGUGAUUGUGCAUCGGGAGCCAACUGUUAUGGAGCAGUUCAUUACGUACCUCUUUACAAAUCUACCUUCACCGAACAAGACUCCCCACAUACGAGACUUGCUCCUGAAGCUGGAUUGGCAUGAUGAGUCGAUUCGAGCACACCUGUUUAUGCAUUUCACAUCACCAUGGCUUGUGCAACACAACAAUGUCCGAAACUUGGCAGAACUGUUGAAUGCGUUGCGGCCAAUGCGGUAUGCAUUCACGACCCAGGUUUUGGAUAGUUUGAGCGAAGGUAUUGAAGCGGACCUACUGCAUCUGCAUUUCACUUGGCACCAGCGGCGUAUUUCGCGUGUUCGUUACCUGGGCGAGCUUCAUCGGGUUGGCAUCGUCAGUGUUAACGAGCUGCUGAAUCAGGUCUGGCGCUUUUGUUCGCGUCGAUACCGUCGGAGGGAUCCAAGAGAUGACUUUACGCGUGUUCGACUCGUGUGUACGCUGCUUCCAUACUGUCACUCCCUCAUUUUUGACCGCCCCUAUGACAAACGCUUGCGGUUGAUCACAGCUAUUUUUCAGUACUAUGUGCAAACGAAAGUGGAGCCGCCCGUGGAAGUUGCUUACUUGCUCCAGGAUACGGUCCAACGCUGUGGCUUGUUCAAGUAUAUGUACACACACCGAGAGCACUUACAAAAGGUGGUGGAGGAUGCAGUAGGCUAUUUUUCACAACAAGAUUUGUCUUCAUAUGUCAUGUGGAAGAAGCGAAAAGCAUACAUGCAAGCCCAAAGGUCCCAAAUGCAUGUGAACAUUAAAGCGAGUGUAAUCGAUAAUGUGCUUGAAGGAGCCGAAACAAAGACAAAAGUUGAGACUGAAAGAGAUGCAAUGACGCAAGCAAUACCCGAGACGGGAGAUUCGGCCAAGAAUCAACCACGCGGGUCCGCACGCGUGAAUAGUAUAAUGGACGUUGAGCCUGAUUUGUACGACAACCAGACUCGUCUCGAUGAUGAAAUGGUCUUGUCGAGACAACGACGUGGAACCGACGCCAAAGACGAAUUGGCUACCGAGAAUGCUUUCGAAAGUGAAAUCGACGUCAAGCUGGAGGAUGAGAAGGACAUGGAUGCAGAAGUUUCAGAUGAACAGGUCGAUUUCGAUGUCAAGGAGGGUGAGGAUGAGGAUGAAGAUGAAGGCGAAGAUAGAGAGUGUGAGAGCGAAAAGGAUGAUGAAAUGUCGGUGGAUCUUGACGAUGACCAUGAGGAAGAUGAGCUGCUUGAUGAUGAGGAAGUUAAGGAGCAAUUAAGACAAGAGGCAUUGGAUGAAAAAGCCGACGCAGAGCUGGAGCAAGAACUAGCUAUGCUGAUGGCAGACUCAGGCGGCAAUGUGAGUGGUGCUCCAUCGGGCGCAGCUCUAGAGCAAACGCGCCUGAAAUUAUCUGAUACACAGGUGCCUCGACGCCGAGCAGCUGAGCCAGCUAGUGAUCAGCAUAUGGUGUUCUCCCUUCUAUCACGCAAGCACACACAGGACAUCCAGGUACCGUCGGAAGCAUCCAUUUCUGUACAUGCGCGUCAGCAACAAGCGCAGGCUGAAGCGGAAAGGAAGCAGCUUAAAGCGUACGUGUUAGCGUAUCGGGAGCGAGAAGAACAGGCUUGA